AUGUCCAAGUACGGCUGCCCAGCUUCCGACACCGACCCAAACACUGUCACCAUGAUCACAAAGCGUGGGCCUGUUAACAAAACGUUGAAGUCCGCUUCACAACUGAAUGCUGCCCAGCGUGCAGGAGUUGAAAUCUCAACGGAGAAGAAGACUAUGUCAGGUGGAAAUCGCCAACAUUCCGCUAACAAAAACACCCUCCGACUUGACGAGGAAACUGAAGAGCUUCACCAUGAGAAAGUCACCUUGUCACUCGGAAAAGUAAUGCAACAAGCUCGAGCUACCAAAGGAUGGACGCAAAAGGACCUCUCGACGCAAAUCAAUGAGAAGCCACAAGUAGUCGGAGAAUACGAAAGCGGUAAAGCGGUCCCAAAUCAGCAGAUUCUCGCCAAGAUGGAACGUGCUCUUGGGGUCAAACUACGAGGAAAGGACAUCGGAAAGCCGUUCACAACAAAACCAGCAGCCGCUGCUAAGAAGUGA